CUACCACCUAUAAUGAAUCAAUGUGUUGGACAUACUAGACUACCACCUAUAAAGAAUCAAUGUGUUGGACAUACUAGACUACCACCUAUAAUGAAGCAAUGUGUUGGACAUACUAGACUACCACCUAUAAUGAAUCAAUGUGUUGGACAUACUAGACUACCACCUAUAAUGAAGCAAUGUGUUGGACAUGCAUUCUAAGUAAGUGGUAUGCAAGUGUGGACUUUGGAACAUAGUCCCUAUCACUCCCCCCCUCUCCCCCUCCAUCUCUCCUCUGCUCCUCUCUUCACACUGAAGUGUCCCUCUAGAUGGUACUACUCAUUUUCAUGACCUACUGUCCCUUUAAUUGUAUCUUGUACUCUGGAAUCCCAAGGCUCUCUCUCUAUACGUCUAACUUAACCGGCUACCUCGUCUGCCCUGUAUUGAGUGAUGCUGAUGAGGUUUCUCACAUGUUGUUACCCUUCAUCAUUGAUCCAAACACUGUUUCUUAUUGCACUGGGCGAGAGAUCUUUCAGUAUUAGUGGAGGAAAUGGGGCAAAGACAAGUCAAGCCAUAUAGAUGAAUGUGUGGCCAUAGCCUAAAGGGAAUCCCCCCAGUAGCUGCAUUUUGGUAGUAGUAGAAAUAAGCUCAUGUGAAAAAGCCUGAAAUCCAGACCUGUUCUGUACUAACAUUCCACUCCUUGUACUUUGUCAUAUGCCAAAAAUUAUGUUUGGCAUGACAUGAAGUGGAAUAUUAGCACAAACAUACUGGUAUCCAGUCUAGAGAAAGCCAGGAUCCUCUUACUAGUACCCAGGAUAGAGAAAUACAGGAUCCUCUUACUAGUACCCAGGAUAGAGAAAGCCAGGAUCCUCUUACUAGUACACAGGAUAGAGAAAUACAGGAUCCUCUUACUAGUACCCAGGAUAGAGAAAGCCAGGAUCCUCUUACUAGAACCCAGGAUAGAGAAAGCCAGGAUCCUCUUACUAGUACCCAGGCUAGAGAAAGCCAGGAUCCUCUUACUAGAACCCAGGAUAGAGAAAGCCAGGAUCCUCUUACUAGUACCCAGGAUAGAGAAAGCCAGGAUCCUCUUACUAGUACCCAGGAUAGAGAAAGCCAGGAUAGAGAAAGCCAGGAUCCUCUUACUAGUACCCAGGAUAGAGAAACCCAGGAUAGAGAAAGCCAGGAUCCUCUUACUGGUACCCAGGAUAGAGAAAGCCAGGAUCCUCUUACUGGUACCCAGGAUAGAGAAAGCCAGGAUCCUCUUACUAGUACCCAGGAUAGAGAAAGCCAGGAUCAUCUUACUAGUACCCAGGAUAGAGAAAGCCAGGAUCAUCUUACUAGUACCCAGGAUAGAGAAAGCCAGGAUAGAGAAAGCCAGGAUCCUCUUACUAGUACCCAGGAUAGAGAAAGCCAGGAUCCUCUUACUAGUACCCAGGAUAGAGAAAGCCAGGAUCAUCUUACUAGUACCCAGGAUAGAGAAAGCCAGGGUCCUCUUACUAGUACCCAGGAUAGAGAAAGCCAGGGUCCUCUUACUAGUACCCAGGAUAGAUAAAGCCAGGAUCCUCUUACUAGUACCCAGGAUAGAGAAAGCCAGGAUCAUCUUACUAGUACCCAGGAUAGAGAAAGCCAGGGUCCUCUUACUAGUACCCAGGAUAGAGAAAGCCAGGGUCCUCUUACUAGUACCCAGGAUAGAGAAAGCCAGGGUCCUCUUACUAGUACCCAGGAUAGAGAAACCCAGGAUCCUCUUACUGGUACCCAGGAUAGAUAAAGCCAGGAUCCUCUUACUGAUACCCAGGAUAGAGAAAGCCAGGAUCAUCUUACUAGUACCCAGGAUAGAGAAAGCCAGGAUCCUCUUACUAGUACCCAGGAUAGAGAAAGCCAGGAUAGAGAAAGCCAGGGUCCUCUUACUAGUACCCAGGAUAGAGAAAGCCAGGAUCCUCUUACUAGUACCCAGGAUAGAGAAAGCCAGGAUCAUCUUACUAGUACCCAGGAUAGAGAAAGCCAGGGUCCUCUUACUAGUACCCAGGAUAGAGAAAGCCAGGGUCCUCUUACUAGUACCCAGGAUAGAUAAAGCCAGGAUCCUCUUACUAGUACCCAGGAUAGAGAAAGCCAGGAUCAUCUUACUAGUACCCAGGAUAGAGAAAGCCAGGGUCCUCUUACUAGUACCCAGGAUAGAGAAAGCCAGGGUCCUCUUACUAGUACCCAGGAUAGAGAAAGCCAGGGUCCUCUUACUAGUACCCAGGAUAGAGAAACCCAGGAUCCUCUUACUGGUACCCAGGAUAGAUAAAGCCAGGAUCCUCUUACUGAUACCCAGGAUAGAGAAAGCCAGGAUCAUCUUACUAGUACCCAGGAUAGAGAAAGCCAGGAUCCUCUUACUAGUACCCAGGAUAGAGAAAGCCAGGAUAGAGAAAGCCAGGGUCCUCUUACUAGUACCCAGGAUAGAGAAAGCCAGGAUCCUCUUACUAGUACCCAGGAUAGAGAAAGCCAGGAUAGAGAAACCCAGGAUCCUCUUACUGUUUUUUGUUUAAGCUGCUAUUCUGUGUUUUCUUAUAUUCUUCUGUAUCUUUACUUUUCAUUUUCUUUGUAAAAUAAAGAGGACAUAUAUAUAUUCAGUAAACUGAAACUGAUCUUUACAAUCACUGUGAUUAUAUAAACACAAUAUCUGCAAAAUAAAAUACAAUUUGAUUUAGCUUGAAUAUGUUUUUAUAUUUCUUUUUAGAUCCCCCUACCAAUGAGAUGUUUUAAGGUUCUUUCAGUGUGGUUGCAAUAAACACUGUUGUAAAUAGGUGAAUAAACCUCUUUCUAAUAUAUUACACCUA